AAGGGAUAGAGGCGGUGUAAUUUGGUUCGGGCAUCCUGGGUGUUGAACCGCCAGUUGAUGGUGGUUCGGGCGGCGUUUCGCUCCUGCGCCGAGGCCCCGACUUCCCGUUGGAGCGAUUCCUCGUCGGGGAGCCGCUGCCUCAGGCAGGAACGGGACAGUACGCUGAACUCGAUCUCCGCCCCCGGCCUCCGCCGGGGCAGGCUAUGUUCAGCCAACUGCCGUGCUUCGGCGUGUAGUGGAACUCCAGCCGUUUGGCAAUCCGCCGCGCCUCGGCUGCCGGGAAGGUCUCGUACAGCGACGCCACGCGGUGAGUGUUCAGGUUGUCCAAUACCACCCGCACCACCGCUAUCUCCGGGUAGGCUUCAUCCACCAGCCAGCGCAUCUGCUGGGCGAAGUCCUGCAUCGUGCGCCGUUCAGUAAUCGCCACGUGGCGCCAACCGGCCAACGGUUCACAGGCCAGGAACAGAUUGCGGGUGCCUUCUCGGCGGUACUCGUAGUCCUGCCGCAGGGGGUGUCCCGGCUGGGCCGGCAGCGCCGGCUGGGUCUCGGCCAGCAACUGGGUGGAGGUCUCGUCAAAGCAGACCACCGGCCGCUUUGGGUCAUAGGGCUCGGCGUACAGGUCCAGCACUUCCUCCAUGUGGGCCACGAAGUCGGCGCUCACCUUGGGGAUGCACCACUCUUUCUUCUGCCACGGCUUGAGAGCGUUUUUUUGAGCCGCUGGCGCACCGUCUCGUGGGACA